AUGUCUGAUGGUGGCAGUGCGGACAGUCUGCCCUAUGUGCCGCUCGUCGAAUACAAUGGCACAUCCACAACCGGCGGAGAUUCACUCACGCAAGAUCUGAAUGUUUUUUACAAUGCCGGAGACAUUGCCUGGAUUCUCACAUCCACCGCGCUCGUCUUGUUGAUGAUUCCUGGAGUCGGACUCUUCUAUUCAGGUCUCGCACGCCGAAAAUCUGCUCUUUCCCUCAUCUUCCUCUCGAUCAUGUCGAUCGCAGUCGUCAGCUUCCAAUGGUUCUUCUGGGGUUACUCACUAGCAUUCUCGCCCACAGCAACAAACGGAUACAUCGGUGACCUCCACGCAUUUGGCUUGAAAGGCGUACUCGCAGCACCCAGCCCAGGCUCCAAGCUCAUUCCCGAUCUCAUGUUUGCGGUAUACCAAGGCAUGUUCGCAUGCAUUACUGUGGCGCUACUCGUGGGUGCCAUCAGCGAGCGUGGUAGACUCCUUCCUUGCAUCAUCUUCAUGUUCCUCUGGACCACAUUGGUUUAUGAUCCAAUCGCUUUUUGGACAUGGAAUCCGAACGGCUGGUCGUACAAGCUUGGAGGGCUUGACUUUGCAGGCGGCACACCUGUCCACAUCUCCUCUGGUGCUGCAGCGCUUGCUUUCAGCUAUGUGCUCGGGAAAAGAACUGGCCACAACACCCAAGCGCUGUCGUAUCGCCCUCAUGAUGUCACCCAGAUCGUUAUUGGUACCGUCUUCCUCUGGGUCGGAUGGUUCGGUUUCAAUGCUGGUUCCGCUCUUGGUGCAAACAUGCGCGCCAUCAUGGCAGCAGUAGUAACGAACCUAGCUGCCUGUGUUGGUGGCAUAACAUGGUGUAUCCUCGACUACCGACUCGAAGGAAAGUGGUCAGCCGUAGGAUUCUGCUCCGGUGUCAUCUCUGGCCUAGUUGCCAUCACACCCGGUUCAGGUUUCGUUCCAGCUUGGGCAGCAGUCAUCUACGGCAUCUGUGCCGGGCUAGGAUGUAACUACGCCACCCAACUGAAGUUCCUUUUCGGAGUAGACGACGCUCUGGACAUCUUUGCCGUCCACUGCAUCGGUGGUAUCCUUGGAAACCUCCUCACCGGCCUUUUCGCCGCAGACUACAUCGCAGCACUCGAUGGCUUCACAGUCAUCCAAGGCGGCUGGCUGAACCGCCACUGGAUUCAACUCGCCAUCCAACUCGCGGACUCCAUCGCAGGAAUGACGUACAGCUUCAUAGUAACCUCCGUCAUCCUCUUAACAAUGCACUUCAUCGGCUUGAAAUUCCCCGCCAUGCGUCUUCGAGUAUCCCAAGAGGAAGAGGAGCGCGGCAUCGACGACACGGAACUGGGCGAGUUCGCUUACGAUUACGUCGAGUUGACGCGUGAAGUGCAAACUCCUGGAGUCUUGCAUGGUCAGAAAACUAGUGAUGAUGAUGAUGAUGACGAUGAUGAUGUUGCGUCUAGCAGGCGGGACUCACGCGUGGCUUUUGGUCAUAGUGGUGAGUAUGAAAGGGAAGCGAGUUCAUCCCCGCCGCCGCCGUUGUCGUAUCAGACUAGGAAGAUGGAAGAUUACCCGAUGAGAAGUAUCAAACGCUCGAGUGUGGACUCCUCGAAUUACGCGUGA